UGCCUUCUCUCCUCCACCUUCCCGGAUUCUACCCCCAAACGCUCACGCGUCCACGAAUAAAGGUCGCCCCGAGGGCGGCGAACCAGGCCCAUCGCCGAAAACCCUAGCCCCGACCUGAUCCGAUCGGACUCUGCUUCCCAUGGCGGCAACCUCAACCCAGGCGAGCCUCCUGCUCCAGAAGCAGCUCAAAGAUCUAGCGAAGAACCCCGUGGAUGGGUUCUCGGCGGGGCUGGUGGACGAUAGCAACGUGUUCGAGUGGCAGGUCACCAUCAUCGGCCCGCCCGAAACCUUAUAUGAUGGAGGCUAUUUCAAUGCAGUAAUGACCUUUCCCCAGAACUACCCCAACAGUCCUCCAUCAGUAAGAUUUACUUCUGAGAUGUGGCAUCCGAAUGUCUAUCCUGAUGGGCGUGUGUGCAUUUCUAUUCUUCAUCCACCUGGUGAUGAUCCCAAUGGUUAUGAGCUUGCAAGUGAACGCUGGACACCAGUGCACACAGUCGAGAGUAUAGUUUUGAGCAUUAUUUCGAUGCUCUCUAGUCCAAACGACGAGUCUCCAGCAAAUAUUGAAGCGGCAAAGGACUGGAGAGAAAACAGGGACGAGUUCAAGAAAAAGGUUAGGCGCCUUGUCCGCAAAUCGCAGGAAAUGCUCUGAAAAAGGAGGAUCAUGUGGGGGAGUUUUACAAGCGCUGCAACAAGUGUUACACCUUUCACCGGCGUCCACCGAAUGGGGUGAUGCCAGCAUUUGCACUUAUCCCCUAUAUAUUUUCCGUUCAGUGUGGGUUGGUUCAGUGUGAGUCGAAUAGUGGUGAUGUCGGUCUUUGUCUCGGAGACACUCGUGUGUGCUACUAAUCUAAAACUUCCGAUUGUAUUGCGUGGCACGCAGCGGUCAAUGUCAAGAAUUAUUCUGGUAA